AUGAAACUUAAGAACAUAAGCGUCAUACGAGAAAUUGUUGAAAAAUUUUUGACAUUUGAUGCACAGUUUGCAACUGGAACUAGAUUUGCAAAAAACUUACGAAAACACCUUCGGGUAGUUAAGAAACGAGCUCUUAUGAUAUGGAUAUUUCUCGCGGCGAAUGCUGCAAUAUAUUGCAUUAUUCCUUUUUUAAGGCCUGGCCGACAUUUUACGACGGAUUUAUACAUCGUCUAUGGUUUAGAACCUAUGCGGGAAUCUCCGAACUAUGAAAUAGCACAAAUAGUGAACAACAUAAGCGUAGCGUAUGGUGUGUACACAACGGUUAAUGUUGCCGUUUAUGUGAUGGUAAUGGUGGGUUACAAUGAAGCGCAACUAUACACAAUCAGUGAAGAAUUAAAAAACCUUUGGUAUGACAGUCAAAAUUUCUACAAUGAAAUGAAACACCAGAUACGAAAUAAAAUAAAUGGAACAUACUUAAAAGAAAAAAUUGUAAACAAGUUCAUACAAACUCGUCUAAAAAUUAUUGUUCAUAAUCACGUUACAAAUAUUAAUCUUUUCAAUGAAUUAAACAAACAAUUAAGUGAUACUACCUUCGUUGAAUACAGCUUAAUGUGCGUUGCUAUAAUAUCUGAACUGCUCGGAGGAUUAGAAAAUACAUUUCUCCAAGUACCGUAUACUAUCGUCCAAAUAUAUAUGGAUUGUCUUUCUGGACAACGGUUAAUAGACGCUUGCAAUGAACUUGAAAAUGCCAUAUACAGUUGUGAAUGGGAAAAUUUCGAUGUGUCCAAUCAAAAAACGAUUUUACUGAUGCUCAUAGUUUCCCAAAAGACUCUCAUGCUGUCAGCUGGUGGAAUGGCAGAUUUGAAUUUCAGUUUUUUAAUGGUUAUUUUCAAGUCGUCUUAUUCAGCGUACACGACUUUGAAAUCUAGUAUUCAGGAAUAA